GAUGAUGAUGAUGAUGAUGAUGAUGAUGAUGAUGAUGAUGAUGAUGAUGAUGAUGAUGAUGAUGAUGAUGAUGAUGAUGAUGAUGAUGAUGAUGAUGAUGAUGAUGAUGAUGAUGAUGAUGAUGAUGAUGAUGAUGAUGAUGAUGAUGAUGAUGAUGAUGAUGAUGAUGAUGAUGAUGAUGAUGAUGAUGAUGAUGAUGAUGAUGAUGAUGAUGAUGAUGAUGAUGAUGAUGAUGAUGAUGAUGAUGAUGAUGAUGAUGAUGAUGAUGAUGAUGAUGAUGAUGAUGAUGAUGAUGAUGAUGAUGAUGAUGAUGAUGAUGAUGAUGAUGAUGAUGAUGAUGAUGAUGAUGAUGAUGAUGAUGAUGAUGAUGAUGAUGAUGAUGAUGAUGAUGAUGAUGAUGAUGAUGAUGAUGAUGAUGAUGAUGAUGAUGAUGAUGAUGAUGAUGAUGAUGAUGAUGAUGAUGAUGAUGAUGAUGAUGAUGAUGAUGAUGAUGAUGAUGAUGAUGAUGAUGAUGAUGAUGAUGAUGAUGAUGAUGAUGAUGAUGAUGAUGAUGAUGAUGAUGAUGAUGAUGAUGAUGAUGAUGAUGAUGAUGAUGAUGAUGAUGAUGAUGAUGAUGAUGAUGAUGAUGAUGAUGAUGAUGAUGAUGAUGAUGAUGAUGAUGAUGAUGAUGAUGAUGAUGAUGAUGAUGAUGAUGAUGAUGAUGAUGAUGAUGAUGAUGAUGAUGAUGAUGAUGAUGAUGAUGAUGAUGAUGAUGAUGAUGAUGAUGAUGAUGAUGAUGAUGAUGAUGAUGAUGAUGAUGAUGAUGAUGAUGAUGAUGAUGAUGAUGAUGAUGAUGAUGAUGAUGAUGAUGAUGAUGAUGAUGAUGAUGAUGAUGAUGAUGAUGAUGAUGAUGAUGAUGAUGAUGAUGAUGAUGAUGAUGAUGAUGAUGAUGAUGAUGAUGAUGAUGAUGAUGAUGAUGAUGAUGAUGAUGAUGAUGAUGAUGAUGAUGAUGAUGAUGAUGAUGAUGAUGAUGAUGAUGAUGAUGAUGAUGAUGAUGAUGAUGAUGAUGAUGAUGAUGAUGAUGAUGAUGAUGAUGAUGAUGAUGAUGAUGAUGAUGAUGAUGAUGAUGAUGAUGAUGAUGAUGAUGAUGAUGAUGAUGAUGAUGAUGAUGAUGAUGAUGAUGAUGAUGAUGAUGAUGAUGAUGAUGAUGAUGAUGAUGAUGAUGAUGAUGAUGAUGAUGAUGAUGAUGAUGAUGAUGAUGAUGAUGAUGAUGAUGAUGAUGAUGAUGAUGAUGAUGAUGAUGAUGAUGAUGAUGAUGAUGAUGAUGAUGAUGAUGAUGAUGAUGAUGAUGAUGAUGAUGAUGAUGAUGAUGAUGAUGAUGAUGAUGAUGAUGAUGAUGAUGAUGAUGAUGAUGAUGAUGAUGAUGAUGAUGAUGAUGAUGAUGAUGAUGAUGAUGAUGAUGAUGAUGAUGAUGAUGAUGAUGAUGAUGAUGAUGAUGAUGAUGAUGAUGAUGAUGAUGAUGAUGAUGAUGAUGAUGAUGAUGAUGAUGAUGAUGAUGAUGAUGAUGAUGAUGAUGAUGAUGAUGAUGAUGAUGAUGAUGAUGAUGAUGAUGAUGAUGAUGAUGAUGAUGAUGAUGAUGAUGAUGAUGAUGAUGAUGAUGAUGAUGAUGAUGAUGAUGAUGAUGAUGAUGAUGAUGAUGAUGAUGAUGAUGAUGAUGAUGAUGAUGAUGAUGAUGAUGAUGAUGAUGAUGAUGAUGAUGAUGAUGAUGAUGAUGAUGAUGAUGAUGAUGAUGAUGAUGAUGAUGAUGAUGAUGAUGAUGAUGAUGAUGAUGAUGAUGAUGAUGAUGAUGAUGAUGAUGAUGAUGAUGAUGAUGAUGAUGAUGAUGAUGAUGAUGAUGAUGAUGAUGAUGAUGAUGAUGAUGAUGAUGAUGAUGAUGAUGAUGAUGAUGAUGAUGAUGAUGAUGAUGAUGAUGAUGAUGAUGAUGAUGAUGAUGAUGAUGAUGAUGAUGAUGAUGAUGAUGAUGAUGAUGAUGAUGAUGAUGAUGAUGAUGAUGAUGAUGAUGAUGAUGAUGAUGAUGAUGAUGAUGAUGAUGAUGAUGAUGAUGAUGAUGAUGAUGAUGAUGAUGAUGAUGAUGAUGAUGAUGAUGAUGAUGAUGAUGAUGAUGAUGAUGAUGAUGAUGAUGAUGAUGAUGAUGAUGAUGAUGAUGAUGAUGAUGAUGAUGAUGAUGAUGAUGAUGAUGAUGAUGAUGAUGAUGAUGAUGAUGAUGAUGAUGAUGAUGAUGAUGAUGAUGAUGAUGAUGAUGAUGAUGAUGAUGAUGAUGAUGAUGAUGAUGAUGAUGAUGAUGAUGAUGAUGAUGAUGAUGAUGAUGAUGAUGAUGAUGAUGAUGAUGAUGAUGAUGAUGAUGAUGAUGAUGAUGAUGAUGAUGAUGAUGAUGAUGAUGAUGAUGAUGAUGAUGAUGAUGAUGAUGAUGAUGAUGAUGAUGAUGAUGAUGAUGAUGAUGAUGAUGAUGAUGAUGAUGAUG